AUGGCACCGAUCGCUCAGCAGGUCGAGGACGCGUCCACAGAGCAUGGGUCUCGGGCAGGCAAUCGCCAGAGCACGAAUCCACUCAAACCGACCGGCGCCCUUGAUCAAUACCCUCACAUCGAGCUCACUCCAGUAAUCGGCCGCGAAUACCCAACCGCAAGCCUCGUCGAGUGGCUCCAAGCGCCCAACGCAGACGAGCUCCUUCAAGAGUUGGCAUACACCAGUACGACGGCUUCCCUCACUCCACCUUUCGUCGACUAACACUAUCGCAAUACAGUCUCCUCACGCGGCGUCGUCUUCUUCCGCGCCCAAAACCUCACCAACGACCUCCAAAAAGACCUCAUCCACCGCCUCGGCCAGCUCUCCGGCAAACCCUCCACCUCCACCUUGCACAUCCACCCCGUCCUCAACUCCGAAGGCUCCAUCGACGAACAACGCGACCCCGACCAACAAAUCUCCACCAUCUCCUCCAAACUCUUCAAGAAAGUCUACGGCCUCGCGGAACAACCGGGUGUAUCCCCAAAGAAACAGAGCAGUGAUCAAUGGCAUUCGGACAUCGCUUUCGAACCCGUCCCGGCAGACUAUAGUUCUCUGCGCUUGACGCAGUUACCCGAGACAGGAGGAGAUACGCUCUGGGCAUCGGGAUAUGAAAUCUACGAUCGGAUCUCGGAACCCGUCCAGGCUUUCUUGAAGACGCUGAGUUGUACUUUCUCUCGUCCGGAUUUCCUCGCAGCCGCAGAACGGGGCAAUUUCCAGAUCUACGAUAAACCACGCGGCUCGCCCCUCAAUACUGGAUCCUCCCUCGAAGCGGUCCACCCCGUCGUGCGCACGAAUCCUGUCACAGGCUGGGCUUCUAUAUACCCAGUCGGCCAACACGCGCAGUACAUAAACGACCUCACGGCCGAAGAGAGCCAAAUGUUCCUCACGUGGUUCAAGACCCUGCUGAAAGAAAAUCAUGAUUUGCAGGUUCGAUUUCGAUGGCAGAAUGAGAAUGAUAUCGCGAUCUGGGACAACAGAUGUACGUUUCACACCGCGACGUUUGAUUUUGAUGGACUCGGGGACAGGGCCGGCAAUCGGGCGGUGGGGAUUGGCGAGAAGCCGUAUUUUGAUCCGGCGAGUAAGGGCAGGCGGGAGGCCUUGGCGGACGAGGGAAGGGAAGGUGGUCGCUAUUUCAAGGUUGGGUAG